CUCUAUCUCUACUAGUCAAAAUUCAACCACUUUUGAAAUAAGUAGGCGUCGGUUCAAUUGUGAAGCGUCAGUCAUUGUGCAAAGUUUGCGCAGCGGUAAAUUCAGAGAAUCUGAAAAAACUUCAUUCGUCUCUUAUAUUUCCUUAAAAGUACCUCAAAUCAAUCUACAGCAUCAUGUGUGACGAAGAAGUUGCCGCUUUGGUUGUCGAUAACGGUUCCGGCAUGUGCAAAGCCGGCUUCGCCGGUGAUGAUGCACCACGCGCCGUAUUUCCAUCAAUUGUUGGUCGUCCUCGUCAUCAGGGCGUGAUGGUUGGCAUGGGUCAGAAGGACUCGUAUGUCGGCGAUGAGGCACAGUCCAAGCGUGGUAUCCUGACGCUGAAAUACCCUAUUGAGCACGGCAUUGUGACCAACUGGGAUGAUAUGGAGAAGAUCUGGCAUCACACUUUCUAUAACGAGCUGCGUGUGGCUCCCGAGGAACAUCCCGUCCUGUUGACCGAGGCCCCCUUGAAUCCCAAAGCCAACCGUGAGAAGAUGACUCAAAUCAUGUUCGAAACUUUCAACACACCAGCCAUGUACGUGGCCAUUCAGGCUGUGCUUUCACUGUACGCCUCUGGUCGUACCACUGGUAUUGUUUUGGACUCUGGUGAUGGUGUCACUCACACUGUGCCCAUCUAUGAGGGUUAUGCCUUGCCACACGCUAUCUUGCGUUUGGAUUUGGCUGGUCGUGAUUUGACCGACUAUUUGAUGAAGAUCUUGACCGAGCGUGGCUACUCAUUCACCACCACAGCCGAGCGUGAAAUUGUGCGUGACAUCAAGGAGAAACUGUGCUAUGUGGCACUCGACUUUGAGCAAGAGAUGGCAACCGCUGCCUCCAGCUCAUCGCUGGAGAAAUCGUACGAGUUGCCCGAUGGACAGGUCAUUACCAUUGGCAACGAACGUUUCCGUUGCCCCGAGUCGCUGUUCCAGCCUUCGUUCCUGGGCAUGGAGGCCUGUGGCAUUCACGAGACCACCUACAAUUCGAUCAUGAAGUGUGAUGUCGAUAUCCGUAAGGAUUUGUAUGCCAACACUGUGCUGUCUGGUGGCACCACCAUGUACCCGGGCAUCGCUGAUCGUAUGCAGAAGGAGAUCACAGCCUUGGCUCCGUCCACCAUGAAGAUCAAGAUUGUGGCACCACCAGAGCGCAAGUACUCCGUAUGGAUCGGUGGCUCCAUUUUGGCCUCGCUCUCCACGUUCCAACAGAUGUGGAUCUCGAAGCAGGAAUACGAUGAGUCCGGCCCAUCUAUUGUUCAUCGCAAAUGUUUCUAAGCAGCCGCUGACGUUGGGCGUGGUCUUGUCUGUGUUACGCCUCACCCCCGAAGAAAAAACCAUCCAUUGUUUCGCCCUUCGCUUUAGAAUGGAGGGAGAUGCAGACAACAAAGACAAAAAGACGGGGUUAGAGGCAUCGAUACAUGCAAUGGCGGCGCAACAACCACAAAAACAACAAAGAGACAAAACAAAGAUAAACUACAUUUUUUUUUGUAACAUUUUUAUACGAAAAGAAACAUACCAUUUACCAUAUACUACAUACAUCUUACACAUAAGCAAUUAGCCAGUUUUGUGUUCUAUCGAAAUUCACGAGUUCAUACGCACAUUGGUAAUAUUUAAUAUUUAUAUUCGGCAUUAAUCAUUCCUACCCAAAACAUUCCUACAUACAUAUUGUAGUACACAUUACCAUAAAAUGAAAUGAAAAAAAGAUAAAAAGUAUUUGUAACCGCUUGAAACCAAUAAAAAGCGAUGAAGAACUGAAAAAAA